AUCGCAUGCAUCAACACCAAUAUGCUUCAAUUAUACCGGUAGUCUCCAUGUACACGUACCCACACAAACCGCAGCCGCCAUGAUUCGCCAACACUUCGUCGCGGCACGCAGUUCACAGCAUAGAGUCGCGGCAUUGGCACUUUAUCGAGCACUCUUGAAAACAGCGUCCAAUGUGCCCUUACCGCAUCAUCUCCAUCCUGGUGGACGGAAACACCCUUUGACAAAAAUAGCUUCUUUACGACUCAAUGGCUGCAGGAUACAAGUUCCUUACUUUAUUAACGAAAGGACGAGAUACAAAGUCGCCCGAGCACUCUGAAAUCCUUCGACAUAUCCGGAAACGCAACUUUACGGCCAAUCUUUCGCGUCUAGAAUCCCCCUCCUACAAAAAGCCACCCCGUUCGAAACAACGAAUCAAUCCUCCACUUUUCACCAAAGUCUCUGCCUCUGAUGAGCCUGUUAAAUAUGUACCAACUAUCCGCCCUCUUCCGAAAACUGCAUUUGUAGGCGAAAGAAAGGCGCCAGUUACUGGUAACACUGCUGAGUGCCUAUCGUUCGUGCGAAUCAAGAAACCACAGCCGAGGGUGUUCUCACGGGCAGUUAGUAGAAAGACAACCAUAUUUCGACGGUCUGUUGACACUCUUUUGAGUGUUUCCAAAAAGGACAUUCCGAGGGCUCGAUUAGGCGAUCGUUGGGACGCCAUGAUGGACAAAUUGCUACUUGAGGAGGGUGUUACGGACGAAGUUGUACAGGAUGGACCAUUAGCGUCAUAUCGUUUCACUGCGACUCUGACAAAAGCUUGGUGGGAUCAAAAACUUACGAAGAUCACGGACGACCGGACGGCUCGCGCUAAAGCAGUGAGCAGUCUUAUUGAGCAGGAACUUGCACUGGUCAAGGAAGAAAAGGAGAGUGGCGCAGAGCCAACUGAUCCUAAAGUAGCAAAGGAGACUUUGGAUACAAUCCUAACAGAAUAUCGCCAAAAGCAGACCGAAAUGGAACGAACGAGAGACACUUCAUUUGAAGACCCGUUCUUGUCUGAACAAUGGAUCGCAAAGGCACAAAAGUUAGCGCGUGAAUAUGCCAAGAAGUAUGAAGGCAUAGUGGACGACAGUGAUAGAGGUGUCUCUUGGGCAAAGAGGCAAGGGCUGGCCAAGAAAGAGAAUUCUCUGUUAGGGGCGGUGGAAUCUGACGAAGAUGCUCAAUUUUUCAGUCACGUUGCGGCCAUGCGAAGAGGUCGCUAAUAAAAGGGUCUGUAAUCACCUUCAAUUAUAUCCGGUUUCGGUCAUUUAUAGUGGAAUUGGAAAGAAUAUAGGCAUGUACAAUAUAGAUGGGAUAUGAUACCCUUUGUAUUCAACU